AUGAGAGUUUCCGUGCUCGUUGCUGCUUCUUUCGCCCUUGUGGCUGCCGCUCGUCCUAUGGGCGGAGAAGCUCCGGAAGGCAAAACCGUUACUGUCACUGUUGUUCCUCCCCAAUGCACCGCACCUGGUGCCCCUGUUCAGCCCGGAAAGCCCUCUGAAGGCCCACCGCAGCCCCCUGGUGCGGGAGGCGGUAUCCCACCUGAGGAGCCUACUCGACCAGCGCCCCCUGUGCCUCCUGUGCAGCCAACUCAUCCUGGGUCACCGGUGCCUCCUGUGCAGCCAACUCAUCCCGGGACACCGGUGCCUCCUGUGCAGCCAACUCAUCCCGGGACACCGGUGCCUCCUGUGCAACCAACCCGAAGUGAAGUUCCUCCCACUCCCGGUCCAGGUCCAACAACUCGCACAGGAAUAAUUCCCACAGGAACUGGUGUCAGACCAACCGGUACUGGUAUUGGCACCGGCACCGGCACUGGGAUUCGGCCCACCGGGGAGAACUCGAAGACUUUCCACUUCCCAGCUUUGAGCACCUCCGUGAAUUAA